AUGCCGGGCUGGCUGGUCGCGCUUGCGGCGUUCGGAUAUCUGGCCACUUUGUUUGCCGUUGCCGCCUAUGGCGACCGCCGCGCGCGCGCGCUCCCGGUCGGCAGCCCGCGGCCGCUCAUCUACGGGUUCAGCCUCGCCGUCUACUGCACGUCCUGGACGUUUUUCGGAUCCAUCGGCCUCGCCGCAAACAACGGCUUUGAGUUCUUCGCCAUCUACCUGGGACCGAUCCUCGUGUUCACGCUGGGCUACCGGCUGGUCCGGCGGGUCGUCCAUCUGUCCAAAUCCGAGCGGAUUACCUCGAUCGCCGACUUUCUGGGCGCGCGCUACGGCAAAUCGAUGCAUGUGGCAGCGCUCGCCGCCUGCAUCGCGGUGAUCGGCACGGUCCCCUACAUCGCUCUGCAACUGAAGGCGGUCAGCGACGCGGUCACGCUGAUGGUCAGCCAUUAUGACGGCUCGAUCGGCGCGCCGUCGACCCUGCCGAUCGACGUCUCGCUGGUGGUCGCCAUCUCGCUGCUGGCUUUUUCCAUCCUGUUCGGCACGCGCCAUGCCGAUGCCACCGAGCACCAGGACGGGCUGAUCACGGCGAUUGCCGUUGAAUCGAUCGUCAAGCUGCUUGUCUUUGUCGGCGUCGGGCUGGUGAUCCUGUUCUUCCUGUUCGGCGGGUUCGGCCCGGUGCGCGAGGCGUUUGGCGACAAUGCUGCCGUCGCGCGUUCCCUCUCGAACGGCACAUCCGGCGAAACAUGGCUGGUGAUGACGCUUUUGAGCGCUUGCGCGAUCCUCAUGCUGCCGCGCCAGUUCCACGUGACGGUCGUCGAACACCGGUCCGAUGUCGAGCUUCGCCGUGCCCUCUGGCUGUUCCCUGCCUAUCUGAUCGCCAUCAACCUGCUGGUCAUGCCGAUUGCCGUUUCGGGUCUGAUCAAUCUGGAGCCCGACGUGCCCGCCGACAUGUAUCUUCUGGCGCUUCCGCUCGCCGCCGAUCAGGACUGGCUGGCGCUGAUCACCUUUAUCGGCGGGCUUUCGGCGGCCACGGCCAUGGUGAUCGUUGCCUCGGUCGCGCUGGCCAUCAUGGUCUCCAACGAUCUUGUGCUGCCGGCCCUGUUGUGGCGCUUCAACGCGGCCGCGCGCACGGCGGCGGGCGACUGGUCGCGCAUCAUCCUGAACAUCCGCCGCAUCGCCAUGGCGCUGAUCAUCCUGGCCGCCUUCGCCUAUUACCGGCAGACCGACCACACCGCCCAACUCGCCUCGAUCGGCCUUUUGUCUUUCGCCGCCAUCGCCCAGUUCGCGCCGGCCUUCCUGAUCGGCCUGAUCUGGCGGGGCGCCAAUGCGCGCGGCGCGUUCCUUGGCAUGCUCGGCGGUUUUCUGGUCUGGGCCUACACGCUGCUGGUGCCCAAUCUUGCCGGGGCCGACGCGGCGAUCGUGCGCGAAGGCCUGUUCGGCAUCGCCAUGCUUCGGCCGAGCCAAUUGUUCGGCGUCCAGUUCGAACCGCUCGUGCAUGGCGUGUUCUGGUCGCUGGCGGUGAACAUCGCGCUUCUGGUCGGCGGCUCGCUGUCGCGCACGCCGACGCCGCUCGAACGCAUCCAGGCGGUCACCUUCGUGCCACGCGAGGCGCAGCAGUCGAUCGGGCUCAAGCGGUUCCGUACGACGACGACGAUCGACGAACUGAAGGAGUCGAUCGCCCGCUAUGUCAGCACCGCGCGCAUGGAGCGCGCCUUCGAGGCGUUCGAACUGCGCGAGGGGCGAAAGCUGGUCGGAUCGGACACGACCGACAUAUCGGUCGUCCGCUAUGCCGAACAGGUGCUGGCGAGCGCCAUCGGCUCCUCGUCGGCACGGCUCGUCCUGUCGCUGCUGUUCGAAAAGGACGGCGCGUCGUCGCGCGAGACCGUGCGGCUUCUCGAUGAUGCGUCCGAAGCGCUCCAGCAGAACCGCGACCUUCUGCACAAGGCGCUGGACCAGAUGGAUCAGGGCAUAUCGGUGUUCAACAACGAGUACCGGCUGACCAACUGGAACGGCCAGUUCCGCAGGCUGCUCGGACUGCCGCCCGAAAUGGGCAAUUUCGGCAUGCCGCUCAAGUCGAUCACCGGCAUGCUGGUCGAGGCCGGUCAGAUCGAUGCCGAGACCGAACGCGAGGUGGUCGAGAACGUCACCCGGUUCCGCAGGGCCUGGCAGCUGGCGCUGGCGCGCAGCGGCCGCAUUCUCGAAAUCCGCUCCAACCCGAUGCCCGAUGGCGGGCUGGUGAUCACCUAUACCGACAUCACCGGCCGGGUGGAGGCGGACGAGGCGCUCAAACGCACCAAGGAAAGCCUGGAAAUGCGGGUGCGGGCGCGCACCGCCGAACUGACCCGCGUCAACGAGGAACUGGCAGUCGCCCAGCGCAGCGCCGAAGAAGCCAAUAUCGGCAAGACGCGGUUCCUUGCCGCCGCCGGACACGACAUCUCCCAGCCGCUGAACGCGGCCCGGCUCUACACCUCGUCGCUGGUCGAACGGAUGGGCGGGCAGGGCGACAGCACCAACCGCGAGAUCGCCCACAAGAUCGACACGGCGCUGGAAUCGGUCGAGCACAUUAUCGGCGCGGUUCUCGACAUUUCGCGGCUUGAUGCGGGCGCGCUGACGCCCAAUCCGACGCGGUUCCCGGUCGCCGACCUGCUCCAGCAGGUGCAGUCGGACUUCGCGCUGAUGGCCAAGGAAAAGGGGCUGGAGCUGACGGUGGUGCGCACCGGCGCCAUCAUCGAGACCGAUCGCAACCUGCUGCGCCGGCUGUUGCAGAACCUGGUCUCCAACGCGAUCAAAUACACCCAUGAGGGCCGCGUCUUGAUCGGCGUGCGCCGGCGCAGCCAUGACGCGGUCAUCUGUGUCUACGACACCGGCAUCGGCAUUGCGCCAGACAAGGCGACGCGGGUGUUCGAGGAGUUCCAGCGCCUGUCGGACGGUGCGCGCAUCGCCAGCGGGCUGGGGCUCGGCCUGUCGAUCGUCGACCGUAUCUCGCGCGUGUUGAGCCUCGAGGUGACGCUGGAAUCGAUCCCUGGCGCGGGCACGGCCUUCAAGGUCCCGGUCCCGGUCGUCGAUGCCGCCGCGCCUGCGGUAACGGCGAAACCCGCGCCGGCGCAGGCCCGUCGCGCGCUGUUGACCGGCCUGACGAUCGCCUGCAUCGACAAUGAGGAAACCAUCCUGUCGGGCAUGAGCGUGCUGCUGACGGGCUGGGGCGCGACGGUGAUCGCCGCACCGCGCCGCGACAUGCUGGCCAGAGCCCUGAACGAUCAUGGCGCCGACCCGCAUGUCAUCAUCGCCGACUAUCAUCUCGAUGACGGCACCGGCAUGGAGGUGAUCGCCGACAUGCGCGCGCGCUAUGGCGAUGCGAUCACCGCCGUCCUGAUCACCGCCGACCGGUCCGGCGAACUGCGCGAACAGGCGUCGGCCGCCAAUGUCCACCUGCUCAACAAGCCGCUCAAGCCGGCCGCGCUGCGCGCUAUGCUGACCCAGGUGCCGAUGCCGCGCAUCGCCGCCGAAUAA